GUCCUGGCCCCGCCCCCGCCCGCCCCCACUCCAGCCCUGGGCACUUAGGUAAGGAAGGAAGGAAGGCAAAGCACACAGAGCCUGGGAGUGCAGUCGCCUAGCAGCUGUGAGCAGGUGCAGACAGGUGCCGAGCGGUUAGAGUCAGUGAAGCCGGGUCCAGCCACUGAGCACCCCAGCCCUCUGCCGUCUCUGCCAGGGCUGCCCAGGCGGCCCCAGCCAGCCCUUGCGCCCCUUCCCACGCCCCUGGGCCGCCGCCGCCGCCGCAGCCAUGUCUAUGGGCUUGGAAAUCUCUGGGGUGUCCCUGGCCGUGCUGGGCUGGGUGGGCACCAUCGUGUGCUGCGCGCUGCCCAUGUGGCGGGUGUCGGCCUUCAUCGGCGCUAGCAUCGUGACGGCGCAGAUCACCUGGGAGGGCCUGUGGAUGAACUGCGUGGUCCAGAGCACGGGCCAGAUGCAGUGCAAGGUCUACGACUCUCUGCUGGCCCUGCCCCAGGACCUGCAGGCGGCUCGCGCCCUGCUCAUAGUGGCCAUCCUGCUGGCCGCCUUCGCGCUGCUCGUGGCCCUGGUGGGCGCGCAGUGCACCAACUGCGUGCAGGACGAGACGUCCAAGGCGAAGAUCACCAUCGUGGCGGGCGUCAUCUUUCUGCUGGCCGGCUUGCUCACGCUCAUCCCCGUGUCGUGGUCGGCCAACACCAUCAUCAGGGACUUCUACAGCAGUUUGGUGCCCGAGUCUCAGAAGCGGGAGAUGGGCGCAGCGCUCUAUGUGGGCUGGGCGGCCUCCGCGCUGCAGCUGCUGGGCGGGGCGAUGCUCUGCAGCUCCUGCCCACCCAAGGACAAGUACAAGCCAACCAAGAUCCUCUACUCGGGCCCGCGCUCCACCACCACCGCCACUGCCGCGGGUGUGGGGACCAGCUACGACCGCAAGGACUACGUGUGAGUCCGCGCCCGCCACGCCACGCCUUGGACCCGCGACUGGCGGCGGGCUGGCGCUCGGCGGCGAGGCACGGACCGGCUAACCGACUGCAAGGUGCACGGAAGGGGGCGCCCGCCCGGAGGCCUCCCGUGCCGCGCCGCUGCCCCAGGGCCAAGCCACGACGGCGGGCCCCGGGCGCGGGCAGCAGCGCCCCCCGCGAGUCCCCAGCAACUCCCGGAGAAGCCGACCCGAGCUCCCCGGAGGGCAGCCGCGGAGCCUAGGGAGGGGGAUGGCCGAGUGAACACCCAACGCCCCCACUCCUCGACCCUGCUCCUCGCUCACUGUAGACUGAGCCAGCAGACAGCCAGAGGGCCGAAGCGAAAAUUGAGGAAAUCCGCAACUCUGAACUAGACUACUACACCCAACCUCGAGAGGAUGGGGUGGAUGUGGAGUGUACUGGGCGCCUAACCUUGGGGACGCCGCCCGAUCCGUCCCCCUGCCCCUACGUCGGGCCCCGGCCCUCAGAACUGGGACAGUGAGUGAGGAGGACCGGCUGCCGCGCGCUAGUGGGAUCGGGAAGGGAAGGAAGGGGUUUUUCAAUAAAAUGUUUCUUUUCGCA